AUGAGCAGCGAUUCCCAGUCCCAGCUCCCGGCGCUGGCGACAACAACGCUGGAUUUCAUUCCCAGCUUGGGAUAUUCUGAUGAUGCGGCCUGGCGGCGAUAUUUCCAUCUCACGUGGCAGUGCCUCGUGGACUCGCUCGCCUACGACGGGCGCCAUCUCCUCCUCUCGCAAUACUUGGAGUGGACCGUCACUGAAGAUCGGCAGCUCAACGGCCUGUCGAGCGUGAUGGGCAAGGCGUCCGCCACGGCCUCGCGGAGCGGCAAAAAGCCGAAACGCGAGAUACGUCCUUGGUGUGCGCCCGAGAAGUCUUCGUGGAAGUUUGCCGCCCAGUGCACGAAGCAGGUCGAGGCAACCGUAAACCUUAGGGAGCCCACGGAAGAGGAGAAGCCCAAGGUCAUCGACGACCUCAUCGUCGAGCUCAUGGCCAAGGCACCGCUUCCCCCCGUCGGCCUGGUAGGCGAGGUCGGCGGUGUCGCCGGGCCCGUUGUGGUGCUAUGA